AUGCUGAAAAUCUCGAAUAAGUCAAGAAAGAAUGAAUAAUUGGAAACUAUAUAAGUGAUUGAGAAAUGUACAAGUAUGAAUAAUUGUAAAUGAUUAUAGAAAUAAUGAAAGAGGAUCGUUUAUAAUUGAGAUAAAUGGUAAAGGAUGAAAAUAUUAGAUUGAUUGAAUUAGUAGCAAAACAUAAAAAAAGAAAUGAUCUUAAUGAUUUAUAAUAAGAAUUAAGAAAGUUCCUUAAAGAUAAAAAGGGAUCACCAGAAAAGGUUUAAGGUGCUCCAAUAAUUUUAAGAAAAGUAAAAUCAAAAGAGAGAUGUGAAUGGAAUACAUCAAUGAGUUCAAAUCCAUCUAUAAAAUCACCUAGUAGAUCUAAUUUAGAUUUUAGAAAGAAAUAAAAAGAAGACUAAUCACAUAAAAAAACAGAAUCACUAAAAAUGCAAGAAAAAUUUGAUAGCCAAAUAGAACAAAAAGAAAAUGAUGAAUUUAAAAUACUUGAUGAAAUAUAGGAAGUAAAAAUAAAAGAAUAAUAAAUUGUAUUCAAUACAGCAAAUUCAGUCAUCGAUCCAUUUUUUGAAGAUUUAACUCCUGUUAAAAUGGAAUUUUAAACAAUAAUUUCUUAAGCACCUCUUAAUCAAAGUGAUUAAAGAAGUGAAUGCAUUUUAUAAUAUAAUGCAGCGGAAAUAUAAUAAUAUAUUAAUAUAUAAGAUAAACAUUAUGUUUCAAAAGAGACUUAUUUAAUUCCAUAAUUAAAAAGUCUCAAUUAUAAAAUGAUAGUUAAUGUUGAAUAUUAAAAUUUAUUUACUGAUUGGAAAAGUAUACUUAGUCCUUAAUAACCAAUUUAUCAUAUAAAAUAAGACAAUUAAUAAUAAUCAGAAUAAUAAAUUGAAUCAGAAUAAUCAAAAUAAAAUUUAAUUACUCUUAAAACUGAACCUUCUUAACUAAUAAAAAGCUUAGAAAUAAGAGGAGUAACUGCUGAAGAAUUAUUCACUUAUUUAGUUCAUCAUAGAUUUACUAAAAGAUUGAAUUUAUAUUAAAUUAUGGAAAAUGCUAAAAUAGCCAUUCCAAAUGCAUAAUUAGAUUUAGAUUCUUUAUUUAGAUUAGCAGAUACUGAUGAAGAUGGAUGGAUAAAUUUAGAAGAUUUAGGAUAAACUUUAAUAGAAACAUGUAUUGAAAAAGAAUCUAAUCCAAAUCCAAUUAAGGAAUUAUUUAAUUAACUUGAUGGAAAUGUUAAAUUAGAUAAUUUUAUAAAUUUAAUUAAUGAUAGAAUAUAAGCAGAAAUGUAAAUUUAAAUAUUUAAUAUAGUCUCUAUCAUGAAAUUGAUAUAUUUGGCAAAGGAUUCAUUACUUACUGGGAGAUGUACAAUCAUUAUGAAGAAAUUGAAAAAUUAUUGAUUGGAUGA